AUGCUACUCCUCCCUUUUGCUGCACUUCUCAGUGUAGGCUACGCAGCUAGCCAGCGCGUCCUACGCCCAGAGAACCCCGACGGCUUUCGCGUAUUCCAGAGUCAACACAGCGAUCACGCGAUCCGUAUCCGCCAACAAGAUGAGUCAAUCUGUGCAGCCGGGUCAGCUCAAUACACUGGCUGGCUAGAUAUCGGCCCUAAGCAUCUUUUCUUCUGGUAUUUUGAAAGUCAGAAUGAUCCAGUUAACGACCCGUUAACCUUAUGGUUGACAGGUGGGCCCGGCGGGUCCAGCAUGAUCGGCCUUUUUGAGGAGACUGGGCCCUGCCUUAUCAACGAAUACGGAAAUGGCACCAAGUACAAUCCCUGGGGCUGGUCUCGAAAUUCGUCCAUGCUGUUUGUAGAUCAGCCUGUGGAUGUCGGCUUCUCUUACCUCGAUGAGGGCUAUGAGCUGCCAGGCGACUCUGCCACCGCUGCUGUCGAUAUGCAACGAUUCCUGCAGCUGUUUGUCUCCGAGGUUUUCCCGCAACACCUUAACCGUCCUUUCCAUUUGUCUGGUGAAUCUUUUGCUGGAAAAUACAUCCCGGCUCUCGGCGCUCAGAUCGUCAAGCAAAACAAGCUUUACCCACACGAACCCCAAGUUCAGCUUCGAUCGUGUCUAGUGGGAGAUGGUUACAUGUCCCCGAAAGAUUCGACUUUUGGAUAUUGGGAAACCCUCUGCACCACCAACCCGGGAGUUCCAGAGCCAAUCUUUAACAAGACAAGAUGCGAUAUCAUGGCAGCUAAUAUGCCCCGGUGCAUGCAAGUCUUGGACACUUGCAUCAACAACCCCGACCCUGCGAUCUGCAGUGCCGCAAGCCAGGUCUGCUAUGAUGGUGUUGUUGGUUGGUUCGAUAACGAGUCUUACGCUGGCGGUCGCAAUAGAUUCGAUAUCACUGCUCCUUGCGAAUACCCCGACGUGUGCUAUAUCGAAGCUGCACGGAUCGAGAAGUACCUCAACACCCCGAUAAUCUGGAAUGCGCUCUCUCCACCCAAACAGAUCAAACAGUACAAUAUCACCUCUGAUGCCAUCGCGAAGGCAUUUAGCGAGACUUCAGAUUUGGUGACAUCUACUAACGACCAAGUAGCAUACCUGCUACAGAACCAGGUUCACUAUCUAGCUUACCAAGGCAAUCUCGAUCUCGCCUGUAACACUGCUGGUAACCUGCGAUGGGCAAAUUCAUUGGUCUGGAAGGGACAAGCUGAGUUUUCUUCUAAGUCGCUGAAGCCAUGGAAAUCGGUUGUUGCUGCGACUGGCAAGGAAGAGACUGUAGGAACGAUGAAGGAGGUUUGGGUUCGCACGAGCGAUACCGCGAAGACUGAUACUCGAUUUGCGAUCGUGACUGUUGACGAUGCUGGUCACUUCUUGCCUCAAGAUCGUCCUGAUGUUGCGCUGGACUUGAUGACGCGCUGGAUUUUCGAAGCAUCCUUUGAUUAG